CAUUACAGGAAGUCACAUGUCUGACUCAGGCUUCCGCAUUAAGCAGCUAGCCAGCAUUAGCUUGUAGCUACCGUCGACGCGCCAUCGCGGAAGAAAACGUCCAGCGACAUUUUUUAAAGCAGCCGCAAUAAUUACAACUCCACAAGUUUGCGCACUGGAGCUUAUUCCGAGACGAGAAUAUAACGUUAUAUUCGUCAGGCACUGUUUUUCUUCGUGAGGGCAGUUUUUUUAGAAAACGAAAGUGCAUCAUCUGCUUAGCUCAUUGGUAGCUAACUGUUAGCUUGUGACGUUGUUGUGUCUAAAACGACUCACAGCUGCGGAGGAUUUGUUUAUGUUUAUGUUUAUGUCCUCGCUGCCCCAAGAACGACAUGUUGGACGGGUCCCCGGCUCUCUGCGAUGAAGGCAACAUCGGCAACGUGGAAAACAACAACCCGGAGUCGCCGUCGAUCCCCGGCGGCGACGCAGGGGUCAACACGGGCAACAGGGCGAAGCAGGCGCUACUGGACAAGAAGAAUAAGAACAAGAAGACUGGAGGGAGGAGGAUAAUGAGGACCACGACGCCCCUGCAGAACCAGAAACCGCCGAAAAACUGCCCCAACAUCAGGCUCUUGGACCACAACAACAACACCCUGGCGGCUCAGCCCGGGACCGCGCACCCUGCACCCGGUCCGCACACCGUACUCAGCCUCCAUCAUCUCAAACAGGGACCCAAGAAAGAGCUGCUGAAAUCCAAAGGGGGUAAAUCGGAGCGAGGGCCAGCGCAGCCCGGAGGCCAACCGAGCCGCAACCUGCCUCGACACGACCAGAUCACCCAGAAUGUGAACGCCCGGAGCCACAAGCCCAAACAGAGCCCAACGCCCAGCGCUCCCCACUCCACAAAGAGGAGGGAUGUCAUCAGCCCCGCUAAGCCCCCAACUCCCCGUCAGCCCUCCCCCCGAGAGCAGAAGAAACCCCUCCACGCCUCGAACAACGUCAAGAUCCCCAACGCCCUGCCUGCUGAAGCCGAAUACCUCAAAGAUGGAGAGAAGGUGUACGCCGGGGCUAAGUUCAGCGAGCCCCCCUCUCCCAGCGUCUUACCAAAGCCGCCCAGCCACUGGGUCGGAGAAAACGAGCCUCAGCAGAGCGACCAGAGCCGAGAGCAAAUGACCGUUCACCUGAAGUCGCUGCUGAAGGUUCAAGACGCGCUGUGAACGCCACCGCAAGACGUCGGCCGGAGGUUCAGAUUGGAGACGACCUCUCGGAGACGAGCUCAACAAUUUGGAAGAAUUUUUAAUCUGAUGAAUGGAGAUUGGCCUUUAAGACACUGCAAUACAACGAGGGGAGUUUUUAUUCACUUUAGUACGAUUUCCCAUUAGCCAACAAGCUGCCUGCAUUUGUGAACAUUUCGGGACACAUUGUGUUGUCGCUGGGGGUUUAUUUCCUAUUUACAUGAGUUAAAAAAGAAAGAGAGAAGAGUCCCAGCAGCAUCACAAGUCAAGUGUCUCACGUUUACAUUAUUGAAGUGAUGAUUCUUUUUUGAACACUUUUGAAAAAGCAGCCGUGUGCUCGGCUUUUUUUUAAAGAGCUUGUGUAAAUGUACAUAAUAUAACGUGUAUAUUUUCUUGUUAUUUUAACUGAGAUUCUAGUUUUGUUACUGAAGAUUUUCCAAAAAAGAAAAUGAGAAAAAAAUAAUACUGAGGCACUUUGUAACAGCUCCGUUCAGCGUGAGGCACGGUGGAUGUUGGAAAGACUUUUAUCACCGGUUUGCACUGAAAAUAAUGAGGAAAAAUAAAAAGAAGGGAAGGGCAGGAAACCUGAGGUUGAUGUUCCGAAGCUUCACCCGGCCGCUUUUUUGAUGAAACCUUUAAAAACAAAAACUGGCUUGGACAGUGGACGAAUCAAAUAAAAAAAGAAGAAGCCAUUUCCCUUCCCUGAACACGGGUCCAGCCGGUCAGGAAAAAAAAGUCGAGAGUCAAAUCAGGGACCGCGAAGCCGACGAGGGCUGAAGAGAAGAUGACGACAAUGUGAAAAGUCUCACGAGCAGCUGCUGCAGAAAGCCAGUAUCCAGACACAGAACUGUUUCUUUUUUAACCUUUACUGCACUGAUUUAGAGUACGUCCACAUUAAGCUGGCUGCAUUUUACAGGAGUCCCUUUUUACGUUCUGUUUCAACCACCCAGCCACACCGAGCCGACCUCCAGUCAGGACACGUUUCUGUGGGAUAGGAUGUUUCUGUCUCAUCCGCCAUCAGUUACUGUUCGUCACCUUUUGUACAGUUGGUGCAAAUGAACCACAAAGUCGACGAAUUAGAAGAAAAAGAAACGUUUUGCUGCUUCCAGCUCACAAAAAUGACUGUCGUGUGUGUCUUAAAUAAUCGGAUGAAACGAGGCGUUUUGUUGCGUUCAUUGCUUGUGGAUUUGUAAUUUGUGUAUUGAACGAUGAUCUGUUAUUUUUAAAUAUCUCACGAUAAUAAUUGAAAGUUAAUUUAAGGUUUAAAAUGACCUGUGCUGCAGCUCCAGCGUCUGGUGCUGGUCAUGUUUGUGUUCCAUGUUCUGGAAAUCUAAAGAGUAAUUGGAUAAAAAAAAAAAGGUUGAGGACAAACCAGAGGAAGUGCUUGUCUGAAUGAAAAGAGAAGAGCUGAAGCUGUUUCAGUACAGAUGUAGAGCUAAAGAAAGAAGACACCGACGCUCUCUCUCUAGGCUUCAUGUGGACGUAGUUUUGUUUGGUGUGUCUUUUUUUUUUUAAUCGUGACCUGUCUUCAUACAUUCGCAUACCUCCUCUUUACCUUCUCAUUUCUCCUCUUCAAUGUUGACCAUGAUUUUUACUUCUUGUUUUUGUUGUUUUUUUUUUUUUUGUUUUUUUGAUGCAGACAGCUGCUGGAUUUCUUGACCUCUGUGACGUCACUUUAAUGGAAAAUUGUAUUAACGUAGCAAAGACCGCCCGUUUUAUUGCAGUGUUUUAAAAGGCUUUCAUUCUCCUUGUGAGGAUAUGCUCAACAACGUGUCCAUUUCACAAUUUGGGAAAAAGACAAAACAUUUUUUUAACAAAAUCUUUCAUAUCUAAAUUAAAAAUUACAAUUAAAAUAUUGGUUAUCCCUA